AUGAAAGUGGUUGUGUACGCCAUAAGUUACCUGACUUUAGUUGUUCUAGUCAGCGGUAGCCCUCUUCAUUAUGACAAGUCUACGGUAGUGGUUAAUAAAGUGGAUUUUAUGGACUCUGUAAUCGAUCACGGUCGGAUUAGUAAUUUACUGGAAACCGAUUCUUCGGAACAGAAUGGAACAAAUUCAAUUUCUGUGAAUGGAGUAGAGAAUGAAAUUGCAGAAAUUGAUACAGAUAAUGUAGAGCAUAACAUAGGCAAUGGUGGUUCCAAAAUAGCGGCAACUUCUGUGGCUGGAAAUGAUACUACACAAACAGUUGAAGUUAGUGCUGUUCGUGCAUUUAGCUCGGAUGAUUCUGUGAUUACAAAACAAGACUCAUCAACUCUUAUUAAGGAGCAGGAGAAGUUAACUGGUGAAGUGAGUACGGAAAGCUCUCCAAUCAAUGAUAGCUCAUCGAAUACUAAAGUGGAUUCAACAGAAACUUCUACAACUGUUGAAAAUUCAUCGAGUAUUGAGGCGUCUACAACAACUGAAACAGUAGCAACGAGCACUACCGAAGAUACCACAACCACUGAAGACAAUAAAAUCACAGAAAGCUCUUCAACCAUAGAGCAUUCAUCGAGCACUGGAGGUCCUACAACAACCGAAGUAGUAGUAACAAGAACUACUGAAGUCACUGCCACCGCUACUGACGACAAUAAAACGACGGGAGCUUCUUCAACCACAGAAGAAAUUCCGACCGGAGAAAGUUCUUCUACCAUUGAAAAUUCAUCGAACAGUGGUGCGCCUACUACAACCGCGGGAGUAGCAACGAGUACUACCGAAGUCACCGUCAGUACGGAAGACAAUGAAACCACAGAAAGUUCUACAACUGUUGAAAAUUCAUCGAGCACUGGAGGGCCUACAACUGGUGAAGCAGUAGCAACGAGUCCCACUGAAGAUACCGCAACUACCACGGAAGCUUCUUCAACCGUCGAAAGUUCAUCGAGUGCUGGAGCAUCUACAACAACUGAAGCGGCAGCAUCGAGCACUACCGAAGAUUCCGCUACUACGGAAGACGAUAAAACCACGGAUGCUUCAUCAACCGUUGAAAAUUCAUCGAGUACUGUAGGGUCUACAACAGCUGAAGCAGCAGCAACGAGCACUACCGAAGAUACCGCAACUACGGAAGAUAACAAAACCACGGAUGCUUCUUCAACCAUUGAAAGUUCUUCGAGUACAGGAGAACCUUCGACAACAGAUGCAGUAGCAACGAGCACUACCGGAGUCUCUACAACCACGGAAGAUAGUACAACAACAGAAAGUGCUUCAACCGUUGAAAAUUCAUCGAGUACAGGGGAACCUACGACAACUGAAACGGUAGCAACGAGCACUGCCGAAGUCUCUACAACAACGGAUGAUAGUACAACCACAGAAAGUUCUUCAACCAUUGAAGAUUCGUCGAGUACAGGACAGCCUACGACAACUGAAGCGGUAGCAACGAGCACUACCGGAGUUUCUACAACUACGGAAGAUAGUACAACCACAGAAAGUUCUUCAACCGUGGAAAAUUCGUCGAGUACAGGGGAACCUACGACAACUGAAGCAGUAGCAACAAGCACUACCGCAGGCUCUACAACCACGGAUGAUAGUACAACCACAGAAAGUUCUUCAACCGUUGAAGAUUCGUCGAGUACAGGACAGCCUACGACAACUGAAACGGUAGCAACGAGCACUACCGCAGGCUCUACAACCACGGAUGAUAGUACAACCACAGAAAGUUCUUCAACCGUUGAAAAUUCUUCGAACACUGGAGAACAUACAACUGAAGUCCCCACAACCACAGAAGGUCACACAACAACAGAAAGUUCUUCGACCAUUGAGAAUUCAUCGAGCACAGGUGGACUUACAACAACGGAAGCAGGCGUUACAAUUACUACAAUUACUACCGAAAUAACUUCAACCACAGGAGAACAAACAACCACAUAUAGUUCCUCAACUGCUGAAAAUUCAUCGAGCACUGGAGAAUCCACAACAACGGAAGUAGGAGUGACAGUGACCUCAGAAGAACAAACUACCACGAAAAGUUCAACAACCAGUACUGCAAAGCAAACCACUGCCGAAGGUACAACUGCCAUAACCGGGGAACCUUCUACAACUACGGAAAGCAAUGGAAGUACUAUCGCGAGUUCCUCAUCAGAACCGGGAACGACACCAUCGACCACCUCCCCCGGAUCCACAAGCACUCCUACCGCUCCGAGCACAACAACCGAACGUGCUGGGGCAAGUGCCGCAGCAGCCAGCGUACUUUGUGUGUUGCUGGGUUCAAUAUUCGUUCGGCUUCAGUUAAUAAGUUAA